AUGAAGCAAAGAUUCUCGUCUUUGGACGUUAAGGUUAUCACGCAGGAAUUGGCGUCGGAGUGUGUCAACCUCCGCGUGUCCAACAUUUACGACCUGUCCUCGCGUAUCUUCCUCUUCAAACUUGCCAAGCCGGAUCAUCGGCGGCAACUCAUCAUUGAUUCCGGUUUUCGCACUCAUGUUACCCAAUAUUCGCGAACUGCAGCAACCACACCUUCACCAUUUGUGACCCGUCUCCGAAAGUACCUAAAGUCUCGUCGGAUUACGGGCUUCUCCCAAAUUGGUACUGACCGUAUCAUCGAUAUCUCGUUCAGCGAUGGCGCAUACCACAUCUUCCUCGAAUUCUUCGCCGGUGGUAACAUUAUCUUGACGGACCGUGAGCACAACAUUCUUGCUUUCUUCCGCCAGGUUCCUGCUGGUGUGGGCCAGGAGGAGAUCAAGGCUGGGCUCAAGUACACUGUCUCUAAUAAGCAGAAUUACGACGGGGUUCCGAACAUUACAGCAGAUCGAGUUUUGCAUACACUACAAAAGGCACAGGCCUUUUCUGCCCAAGAGGAAAAUGCGCCCAAGAAGUCCAAGAAGAAAGGAACAGAUGUUUUGCGGAAGGCAUUAUCGCAAGGCUUUCCUGAAUAUCCUCCUUUGCUCCUGGACCACGUCUUUGCGCUCAAGGAAUUCGAUACUGCAACGCCACUGGAUCAGGUCUUGGGGAGCCAAGAUCUGCUGCAGUCAGUGCAAGAGGUGCUAGAAGAGUCGCAGCGGAUUUCAAACUCCUUUGAUUCUGGCGACAGUCAUCCGGGUUACAUUGUGGCGAAAGAAGACACGCGACCCAUGCCGGAAGGAGAAACUUCGUCAAAGGCCCCGGGUCUGCUCUAUGAAGACUUCCACCCCUUCAAACCCCGACAGUUUGAAAAUAAACCAGGCAUAAAGAUUCUGGAGUUCGAGCGCUUCAAUGCCACGGUCGACGAAUACUUCUCAUCUCUUGAGUCCCAGCGACUUGAGUCACGAUUGACGGAGCGCGAGGAGGCAGCCAAGAAGAAGCUCGAAUCCGUGCGAUCAGAGCACAAAAAACGGAUUGAUGAGCUCAAGAAUGUCCAAGAGCUUCACAUCCGUAAAGCGGAUGCUAUUCAAGACAACGUUUACCGAGUCCAGGAGGCAGUGGAUGCUGUCAAUGGACUGGUGGCCCAGGGAAUGGACUGGGGUGAGAUUGCGCGCCUGAUUGAAAUGGAACAGGAUCGCGGCAAUCCAGUGGCACAAAUAAUUAAGCUCCCCCUCAAACUGUACGAAAACACGAUAACCCUACUUCUUGGAGAGGCUGGCGGCGACGAGGAUGAAGAGGAGGAAUUCUCUAGCAGCGAUGAGUCAGACUCCGACUCAGAGAAUGAAGCAGAGCAAGAGACAGCCCGUGCUGAACGAGAGUCUAAGCUAUUGAGUGUCGACAUUGACCUUGGGCUGACCCCAUGGGCGAAUGCAUCGCAAUACUAUGACCAGAAGAAGCAAGCCUCGGAGAAGGAACAGAGGACAGCCCAGUCGUCUACGAAGGCACUGAAGAGUCACGAGAAAAAGGUGACCAUCGACCUCAAGAAAGGCUUAAAGAAAGAGAAGCAAGUGCUUCGACAGGCUCGGACGCCAUUCUGGUUCGAGAAAUUUAUCUUUUUCAUUUCUUCAGAGGGCUACUUGGUCAUUGGUGCACGGGAUGCUAUGCAAAGCGAGUUACUCUACCGGCGCUAUUUAUCUAAGGGUGACAUCUUUGUGCACGCUGAUCUCGAAGGUGCAACGCCAAUCGUAGUGAAGAACCGACCUGGUAGUGCGGACGCACCGAUUUCUCCAAGUACACUAUCUCAAGCCGGAAAUCUUUGUGUCGCGACUUCAGUUGCAUGGGAUUCCAAGGCUGUCAUGUCUGCUUGGUGGGCUCACGCCCAUCAGGUUUCGAAAACCGCGGAGAACGGUAGUGGAAUCUUGCCCACGGGUGUUUUCCAAAUCAAGGGGGAGAAGAACUUCUUGGCCCCAUCGCAACUGGUGCUUGGGUUCGGUAUUAUGUUCCAAGUCAGCCAGGAAAGUGUCCGAAACCAUAAGCAGCGAUUUGAGACGUCUGAAGUCCCGUCAGCCGCUAUAACUCCUGCCGAUGAGACUGAGGAUUCUAAGCCGAAGGAGGCUGUGGAGCCAGAAGUCCCAGUGCAGACAGAGACCACCGAUAAGUCCACCGAAGAGAUAAAGGAGGAUGCAGAGAAGGAGGACGCCGCAUCUGAAGAGGAGGAUGAAGAUGGCAAAGCUGCCACCCAAAAUCCUCUCCAGCGAGGCGAUUCUGGGCUCCCCACCUCUCAGCCAGCUCAAGACUUCGAGUCUGAGUCUGAGCCGGAAGAAGAAUUGAAAGAUGGGCUGGAUCAGGAAGUCGCAGAAGAUAAGCUGGAGGGAGAAGGAGCUACAUCCACAGCAGGUCAAACCUCUGUGCCCGAGCAAAGUGAAGAACCGAACUUGAAUGCUCGAGAGCGACGUACUCUGCGACAAGGCAAGCCUCUUGACCGUCCUGGCGAGGAAGAACCGGCUGCACCACGCCUCGCGCCCACUCGCGGCAAGCGGGCGAAGGAGAAGCGCGCUGCUGCGAAGUAUGCUCAUCAAGACGAUGACGAGCGUGAACUUGCUCUUCGAUUGGUGGGUGCCAACAAGGGCAAAGCUGCAAAGGCAGCCAAGGCAGCCGAAGCCAAGGAACAACGUGAACGAGAGGCCGAGGCGCAAAGGCAACGACGACGAGCUCAACAUGAGCGUGCUGCUGAAGCUGAGCGCAAGCGCCAGGCACAAUUCACGGAAAAUGGAACGGACGAUUACAACGAGGAGACAGCUGCUGCAGAAGCUGCGGAUCUCACCUGGAUUCCAGCCUUGGUGGGUACACCAACUCCGGAUGACGAAAUCAUUGCUGCUAUUCCAGUAUGUGCUCCAUGGGCUGCCCUUGGACGCUACAAAUAUAAAGUCAAGCUGCAGCCAGGCUCCGUGAAGAAGGGUAAGGCUGUCAAGGAAAUCAUCGGUCGGUGGGUCUCUGAGACUACCACCGGAAAGGUCAAGAAGGAGUACGCCGAAGAUAUCGGCAUCUCUCGUGUCGACGCGGAGCGUCUCCGGGAACGGGAGGGAGAGCUCAUCAAGGGCUGGAAGGAGACAGAGAUUAUCAACACCAUGGUUGUUGGCAAGGUGCGCAUCAUGACUGCAGGAGCUGGAAGUGCCGGUGGUGAUAAGAGCAAGGGCAAAGGUGGAAAGGGUGGUGGUGGAGGUGGAGGUAGCAGAGGUGGUAAGGGUAAGAAAAAAUGA